AUGGAGACGCAAAGGCUCAACGGUCCGGUGGUGCUCCUCGCGGUGUUGCUGCUCGGCGCCCUCGUCGCGACACGCGCUCAGUACUCUCCGGCGAACGCGCUGAAACAAAUCGAGGCUGCUCUUAAGAGGAAGAAAAUGACGACGACGAUUACGUACAUGAGGGAAUGCGGAUUCAACGACACUCUAGUAGAGAAGCUGCCUACAUCGCACGCGACGCUGCUCCUGCCGAUGAACACAGGGUGGAACAAGCUCAGCGCGUACACGCGCAACCUGAUUCGCAAGGACCCCGCGAAGAUGUGGCAGGUGCUCGCGUACCACAUGCUGGCGGGCCGUUACAUGUACAAGCAGCUCGUGAAAAUUCCCUACAACACACUGAUUGUGACUGGCCAUGGGGACUUCAAGGUCAGGCGGUUCCCAACAAAGCUCGCUCAAUUUGGAAAACCGGGCACGCAUGGUGGCGCAUAUGUCAAGGUGAACAAUGUGUAUCAAGACCCCCACGUGGCAAUCCAUGGGGUCAACAACGUUAUGAUUCCCACAUUCACUGAAUAG